AUGUAUUCACGUAGUCUCAGGCGGUUGACUGAGUUUUUCGAUGUCUGCCCGGAUACGAUAACCACUGAACAGUUAAAGCAAUACUUUCUAGCACUGGUUGAAUCUCAUUCCUGGAGUUCGGUCAAGAUUGACCGUAAUGCUUUCCAGUUCUUUUACCGGCAUGUGCUGAAUCGACAGUGGCAAUGGGUCAACAUCGUUAAGCCGCCCAAAGUCCAGCCCUUGCAGGACGUAUUGUCGAUGUCUGAACUGAACGCCAUUAUCAAUGCGACCCGUAAACUCAGCUAUCAGGUUUAUUUCCUGACCACCUAUAGCCUGGGGUUGCGUUUAUCGGAAGCCUUGCAGCUUCGCAUCCCAGAUAUUGACGGCACGUUAAUGCGAGUACAUUUACGCCAAUGUAAAUUCAACAAGCAUCGUUUCGUGCCUUUGCCUCUGGCGACCCUGAAAGCUUUACGCCUCUAUUGGGCGACGCACCGACAUCCAGAACUGAUCUUUCCCGGUGGCAAGCCACCGCACUUCCGACAGGGUAAGACACUGCAUAUGGAUAAAGGCGGUGUGCAGAAGGCGAUCAAGAUCGUGGCGAAGGAAUGCGGCAUCUCGAAGAACGUGCAUAUUCAUACUUUGCGACACUCCAUUGCCACUCACCUGCUUGAGGCGGGUGUUAGCCUGCGUUCUAUCCAGGCGUUUUUAGGUCAUGCCAGUCCGGUGACGACCGCAAAGUAUACGCGCAUGACUGAACAGGCCCAGCAAAACAGCGCGUUGAUGCUCAAUGCUCUGGUCGAUCAACUGUCGAUUGACUGGGUGAAGUCAUGA